AUGCUUCUUCAAGAUGAGAUUAAGAUAUACACGUAUCUAUCUAUCUAUCUAUCUAUCUAUCUAUCUAUCUAUCUAUCUCUAUUCGUAUUUAUCUCUGUUCAUAUCUAUCUAUCUAUCUAUCUCAUCCUGUUCAUAUUCAUCUAUCUCCAGCUUUUCCUAUCUAUAUUCCUCGCCUCAACGACCUUAAUACCCUGGGAAAUUUUGUGCGAGGUAUGUUUACUCUUUCUUUAUCUAUCUAUCUAUCUAUCUAGAUAUACUUCCUCCAAAUUAUUUCCUUAUCUAUCUAUCUAUUAUCUAUCAACUAUCUAUUUUCUUUUCUAUCUAUCUAUCUAUCUAUCUAUCUAUCUAUCUAUCUAUCUAUCUAUCUAUCUAUACUUCCUCCAAUUGCUUCGUCUAUCUAUCUAUCUAUCUAUCUAUCUAUAUACUUCCUCCAAAUUAUUUCCUUAUCUAUCUAUUAUCUAUCUACUAUCUAUUCCAUUAUCUAUCUAUCUAUCUAUCUAUCUAUCUAUCUAUCUAUCUAUCUAUCUAUCUAUCUAUCUACUUCCUCCAAUUGCCUCAUCUAUCUAUCUAUCUAUCUAUCUAUCUAUCUAUCUAUCAGUGUCUAUAUAUUUAUCUAUCUGGUCGUCCACUUAG